CCAUAUUUACUAAAGUUCGUAGACGUAGACGUAGACGUAAACUUAGACGUAGCGUACGUUUACGUCUAAAACCGUAUUCACAAAAUGACGUUGACGUAAAAUUACGUCAUAAUCGGACGUAAAUCUACGUCUGCUCUAUAGGUACGCGUAUCUUAUCAAACAUGGCAGCGAUUUUGUUUACACUUGCGAGAGAGAAGAGUCUGAGACGUCAGAGAGUUUUCCGGGACCGGACUAACCCCUUAGAUGUCUUCAGUGACAGAGAACUGAUUUGCCGUUAUCGAUUCCCGAGGCGAACUAUCGCGGAUUUCAUUCAGCAGGUGGACAGAAGACUUUCACGACCUACUAACAGGUCCCAUCCUCUGCCUGUUGGAUCUAUGGUGUUGGCAACUCUUCGAGUUCUGUCCAAAGGAGACUUUCAGUCUGAGGCUGCUGACAUACAUGGUAUUUCUCAACCCUCGUUCAGCAGAAUGUUUAUGGGAGUCGUUGAUGCCCUGAAUGCCAGCCUUGACAACAUAAUUUUUCCGAUGGGGCAAGAGGAAAUUCUUCGGACAAAGGAGGAAUUUUUGAGGGUGGCAAACUUCCCCAACGUAGUUGGUGCCAUUGAUGGAACUCUGAUUCCAAUCAUGGGAAUGACUGGAGACGAUGAGCAUGUUUUUGUGUGCAGUAAAGGAUUUUAUGCCAUAAAUAUGCAGGGAAUCGUGACGGCUGACCUGAGGUAA